GAGGAAUGAGAGGAAAUAUGCAUUAAUACAACAUAACCAUAAUCAUCAUUGUCUGCAGUCAUGUCCUCUCGUUCUAUCCUGCUGGUUCUGGUGAUAUUCACCUGCCUUCAGUUCUUCACAACAGCCAACAAUGCACAUGGACCAAAACAGUGCUGUUUUGAUUACCAGUUACAGCAAAUCCCUGCACGAAUAAUUAAAGCUUAUAGGGAAACAGAGCGUCAGUGUAUAUAUCCUGGAGUCAUCUUUAUCCUAAAUAAAGGACGACAGGUGUGUGCCGAUCCCGGGGUCGAGUGGGUGAAGGAACGCAUGGAACAAAUUGACCAGCUCAACGUUACAAACCCGACCCAACCUAAAACCACUGUUUAAAACCUUUUUCUAUUUAUAAGUAAUUAAUACGCAUUGUACAAAAGAGAAUUUUAUGUAGUCAGAGAGAUGGAAUAUUUCUUAUUUAUAAU